AUGGCUGAGACUGCCCAGGCCAAUGGCGAGACCAAAGGUACUGAAGGGAAGACGCAGCAGCCAGCGGAGAAAACCCCAGGGUCCGUGCAGAGGCGGGGGCCGCGCUCCGUGCUCAAGGUGUCCCAGCUGCUGCUGCGAGCCAUCACUGCUCACAAAGGGCUGACUCUGGCGGCGCUGAAGAGGGAGCUCGGGAAUGCUGGCUACGAAGUGCGCAGGAAGUGCUGCCGCCACUCGGGAGACUCUUCCAGGUCUGAAGUGAAGGGCACGCUCCUCCGGGUUAGCGGCAGUGAUGCCGCUGGCUACUUCAGGGUCUGGAAGAUUCCCAAGUCGAAGAGAAGGCUCGGACGCCUGAGGUUUGAGGAGGGCGCUCGCUCUCCGAGGAAGAUCCACGCGGGGUCUCGGAGCCAGCGGAGGAGCCCUGUACCUCGGCGCAGAGUAAAGAAGACCAAGGAAGUGUGGAGACGAAGGAGGGUGACCUCGAAAGUGAGGAGAGUAAGGGCAAGGCCCAAGGAGACUGCGCGCUCCAAAACCAAGAUGGAAGAGAGGGCCAAAGUGGACGAGGGGAGAGGAGGAACCACAAAGGAAGACAGCAGGCCUAGGUCGCGAGACCCUAAGAGACCAAGCACAAAGGCACGGGAGGAAAAGAAAACGGACCCUGAGAAACCGGUAAGACGGACCAUCCAGAAGCCAACACAGAAUAAAAAUGACCCCUCUUCUAGCAGCCAAGGGAGGACCCACGACACGAGGAUGACUCGCUCAAAGACUUACUCUAAGGCUGAGAGUCCUCAGAAUGCAACCGGAAGUCCCUAG